AUGGACCAUGAAGACGACAAAAACUCAGUGGAUAUCCAUGACAACCCCCCGGCUCCUGACAACGUUGUGAGGGAGGACGGAGACACAGUAUACUUUAUAUAUGAAGAAGAAGUAGAGGUGGAAGAGAAGGAACCUGAACCUCCACCACCUGUCAUUCGUGUCAAUGACAAGCCCCACAAGUUCAAGGACCACUACUGCAAGAAGCCCAAGUUCUGUGACGUCUGUGCUCGGAUGAUAGUCUUGAACAACAAGUUUGCCCUGAGGUGUAAAAACUGCAAAACCAACAUACACCAUUCAUGUCAGUCCUAUGUUGAGUUCCAGAAGUGCUUUGGCAAAAUACCACCUGGCUUCAGACGGGCCUACAGUUCCCCUCUGUAUAGCAGUGACCAACCAGAUCCAAACAAUCCAAAUCGGAAUGACCCUGUCUUUGACACUCUACGGGUGGGCGUCAUCAUGGCGAAUAAAGAGCGCAAAAAGAAUGAAAAUGACAAGAAAAAUAUGCUGGUGAUGAUGGAAGAAGAGGAAGAUGAGAAUCAGCAGCCCAAAGAAAAUGAGGAUGGAGGAGAAGGAAAGCCUGAGGAAAAGAAGGAGAAAGGAGGAGAAAAAACAGAUGAUAAGCAAAAAGGAACCUUCUCCCAGUCGCACUAUUACUUGGCUCUCUACCGCUUCAAGGCCAUAGAGAAGGAUGAUCUGGACUUUCAUCCUGGUGAUCGCAUUACAGUCCUCGAUGACUCCAAUGAAGAGUGGUGGAGGGGAAAGAUGGGAGAGAAGAGUGGCUAUUUCCCCACCAACUAUCUCAUAAAGGUGCGGGCAUCAGAGAGGGUUUAUAAGGUGACACGGUCUUUUGUCGGGAACAGAGAGAUGGGACAAAUCACACUGAAGAAAGACCAAAUUGUGGUGAAGAAAGGAGAUGAGAAAGGUGGCUACUUGAAGGUCAGCACUGGACGCAAGCUUGGCUAUUUCCCCUUUAAUCUACUGCAGGAGAUCACUGUGAUAUAA